UUUGCAGGAACACAAUAUGUGGCUGCCGAUGAUUCUGGCUACGAGUACAGCCGGGAAGCGGACGCGUGGCUGCGCCUGCACAUGGUGCCCGCCACCUGGGCGGAAGCAGGAAUGAGCUGUUACCUCGAAGGUGGACUCCUGGCUUCUCCGACGACCAGCGCCGUUGCCAAUGUGAUGGUAGCCAUGAUGGCUGACAAACAGCUCACAUACAGUUUUACCGGGAUUAACUCCAUAAGAGCCAAGGACAACUUCACGUCACUCGACGGAGUGCCGCUCUCGUCUAUCCCGCUGGGCUGGUCCGCGGAUCAGCCGGACAACGCUAACUCGGAUGAGGACUGUGUGGCGCUGACUGGCGCGGGCAAGAUGGCUGACGUUAGCUGCGGGAGUAUGCUGCCGUACUUCUGUCGCAAGAACAAGUGCGGCCCUAAGGAUAACGGGUACGAGUGGGAGCCCCGUACCAGCAGCUGCUACAAGUUCCACCACAUAACUAACACCUGGCGUAAGGCCCUGGCCACGUGCCACGCCGAGGGCGGACAUCUGGCCAUCAUCAACAGUGAAACUGAGUCCACGGUGCUCAAGGAUCUUUAUGACGAGCACCCAGAUGAAGUGAUAGUUGGUGCCAGUGAAUAUAAACAUGCGUUCAUUGGAUUUAUGAAAUAUGAACAUGAAUGGGCCACAAUUUAUGUCUUCAUAAUGUUGGCAGGUGAACCUCUCGGCAAGGCCGGCUUUGCAGUGUGGAACACGAAUGAGCCAAGUAAAUAUGGAUACAUGGGAAAGGAGCUCUGCGGCUCAAUCCACAGGAACGGCCUGCUCAACGACGCACCGUGCCAGGACAGAUCCGCCUUCAUUUGCGAGAUUAACCCUUAA